AUGUACAUAGAGAAUAACAUUCUGGGAAAUCUUGUAGCAGUUGGAGGUAGAAAUCGAUUUGGUGAAUUCAACAUAAACUGGACAAAGCUCUACCAAGAAUCUAUGGAACCAGAAUACGAAAUUCAUGGAGCUAAAGGAAACGUUACAGGGCCUAAAGAAGAAAAGGUUCUGUUCAAGACGACGUUCACGAAUACCACACAAAGAGAGCAGGAAUACUCGUUCAAAACCGAACGAUGUACAAGGAGUUCUUCCACAGUGAUCAUCGAAAAAGGUGUCUGUCGUGGAAUGGAAGUAGCGCUAAAGUUGAAGACGCCUUGCGAAGUUGUUGAAGCAAACGCUGGCUUCCAUCAAGAAGUCCAAUUGAAUCAUAUAGGUGAACUGAUCUGUCUAUUACAGAAAAUAUUUCCAAAUGGAACAAUGUAA